GACAGUCACACUGUGGGAGAUAAGGUUCAGACUGAAGUCCCUUCUAAUUGUCACAAACCGUCAGAAUGCUGAAAAUACCAGACAUACUUCUUCUUCUCUGUGCCCUCGGGGCAGCGGACGCCGUUUACAAACAAUGGAUCCCUGACACCAACUAUGAGAACGAGACCAACUGGGACAAAGGCUCAGUUCCCAGUGGCAGUGACAGGGUGCAAUUUUCUGCAUCUAGCAAAGUGUCUGUGUACGUGGAGACUGUCCACUCUGUCCAGGAGAUGAGACUGCCGGUGGAUGGAGAGUUCAUUCUGACCUCAGGAGCUGGCUUCUCAGUGGGAGCCGGUGGCUACAAACCUGGUGCUGUUGUCAAAUUCAAGGAUGUCGAGUCUCUGCAAUGGUUUGAUCCAGCUCUGUGGCAGGCGGCCUCCACAGUAGAGGAUUUGGAGAAGGGCCGCUUCCUGUUCUCAGUCCAUGAGGAGAGUGUUCCCUGCCGUCAUGACGACGUGGUGUUCAAAGCCCACUCGUCUUUCCGUGUCGACCUCUCCUCCAACCAGCCGAGCGUCCCCGUGCAAAGUGUGUCCGUUCUGGGGAAGACGUUCAGAAGCAACUCCGAGUUCAGCCAGUACCUGGAUUCUCCCUCGGGCCGCUUGCAGUUCCACGGCUCCUCGUCCAUCAGCUUGGGCUCUUCAGGCUGCAGCGACGUCUCCGGCUGUGAGUGUGGUAACGCGGCCAGUCUUGAGAAGAUCUGUGGCCAUGUGGAAUGUUCUUCAGUGACCUGUAAGAAGCCAUUACGCCCUGUGGGAAACUGCUGUGAUGUGUGCGGUGCUAUAGUCACUCUGCAGUACGUCCCUGGAUUCAACCUGGAGACUUACCGCCAGAGACUGAUACACAUCUUCCUUGGUUUAACGCCAUACAAGUCCAUCCAGCUUGGCAUAUCCAAAGUGGAGAAAUCCCGGUGGUUCCUGGGGGUGUUUCCUCGCCAGGGGGCAGCAGAGAUCCAGAUUGUGUUGAUGGAUGGUGAAACGGGCCACCAGGCUGGCAUGGUUGCUGAGGCUCUUGCCCGUGACAUACUGAAGGAUGCCCAAUCUGCCGGCUCCAACCUGGGUAUAGCUGAGGCUGAGUUCCAGGCGUCCUCGGGGAGUAGCAGCAGUCACGGGUCUGGGCGAGAUACAGGGAUGGUGUUGGGAACCAUAUUUGGGGUUCUGAUAGGGGUGGGAGGUGUGUUCCUCCUGGUAUUCCUAUAUUACAGGGGUACGAUUAAAGUACCCUCAUUGCCCACCAUCACCAUGCCCUCCCUGAGCAGCUUGAAAAGGAGUAGUGAGAUUGGAGACCUCGGUGGGCCAAUGGAUAAUGGUUUUGACAACCCCAUGUUUGACAAGCCCACCGUGAUGCCUGCUGUGCCUGGUCUGUAUGGGGCUGAAACCACCAACUCUAUCUCCCUCACACAGUCAGGUGUACAUUUUGUAAACCCAGCCUAUGAUGACAGUGAGACUGAUUUCAAUGCUUAA